AUGGUCGGAAAAUUACUGUCAGUACUAUUGAUUUCCUUCCUUUCGUGCGUCGUUCUGUGCGCCUCCUUCUCCGAGGAGAACCCCACCGAUCGCCGGGUUUUAGUCCUGCUCGACGAUCUCGCUAUUAAAUCUUCGCACUCCGUUUUCUUCGAUUCGCUCGGAGCGCGAGGGUACGACCUAGAUUUCAAGCUCGCGGACGAUCCCAAGCUCGCAUUGAAGAGAUACGGACAGUAUCUGUACGACGCCGUCAUCGUCUUCUCCCCUAAUGUCGAACGGUUCGGUGGAUCUGUGGAUGCUGCGUCGUUGUUAGAAUUUGUUGAUUCUGGACGUGAUAUGAUUCUUGCUGCUGAUAAGUCAGCUUCUGAAUUGAUUCGGGAGAUUGCUGUUGAGUGUGGGGUUGACUUUGAUGAGGAUCCAGCAUCUAUGGUAAUUGAUCACACGAGCUAUGCAGUUUCGGAGACGGAGGGGGAUCAUACCUUGCUCGCCAGUGAUGAUUUCAUUCAGUCCGAGGUUAUUUUGGGCAGCAAGAAAAUAGAGGCUCCCGUGCUUUUUAAGGGCAUUGGCCAUUCAAUAAAUCCUGCAAACAACCUGGUGCUAAAAGUUCUAUCUGCUUCUCCCGCUGCGUACUCAGCCAAUCCGAAAUCUAUGUUAUCAACUGCUCCUACUUUGACUGCGUCAGGGAUCUCAUUAGUUUCAAUCGUUCAGGCAAGAAACAAUGCUCGGAUUCUAAUAUCUGGCUCGCUGAGCAUGUUCAGCAACAGGUUCUUCCGGUCUGGAGUACAGAAAGCUGGAACUGCAAACAAACACGAGAAAAGUGGGAAUGAACAAUUUUUGACCGAACUUAGCAAAUGGGUUUUCCACGAAAGAGGUCACCUCAAGGCUGUGAAUGUAAAACACCACAAAGCUGGUCUAAAAGAUGAACCCUCAAUGUAUAGGAUCAAAGAUGACCUGGAAUACUCUGUUGAAGUAUACGAAUGGUCUGGUAAGAGUUGGGAACCGUACGUGGCUGAUGAUCUGCAAGUUCAGUUUUACAUGAUGAGUCCAUAUGUUUUGAAAACUCUAUCUACUGAUCAGAAGGGCCUUUAUUAUACAUCUUUCAAGGUUCCAGAUGUCUAUGGUGUUUUCCAGUUCAAGGUUGAGUAUCAGAGACUUGGGUAUACAAGCUUAAGUCUAGCAAAGCAGAUUCCAGUUCGACCCUUCAGACAUAAUGAGUAUGAAAGAUUUAUAACUGCUGCUUAUCCCUAUUAUGGAGCAUCAUUCUCGAUGAUGGCUGGGUUCUUUGUCUUCACCGUGGUGUAUCUGUACACGAAGUAG